AUGAAGCGCCUGGACGCAGCACCUUGCUUCAGUCUCGUUCACGCUCGCGCCUGCGACGCGUUGACGAUCGGAGAUGGAGGAUCUAGCGGGAGGUGGAUGCUGUCGAAUGAAUGUGCCGGUAGACUUUUUGCCCGCAGAUCCAAUGGUCCACGGCCGUUUCAUGCAAUUCGCCGAGCAACGAAGAGAACAAAUGGUGGCGCAAUAUGUGCAAUCUGUAACAUGUUCCUGUGGUUUGUGAAACGGAGUGGGCUGCGGUGCGUUGCGAAACCAGGCGAGGGGAUAGACUAUGCUGGAAACGCGGAUCGCGCUUUCACGAAACGAACUUUUCUGAUGUGUCACUUUCACGCACCUUCCACGACUUCCCGUGACUGCCAAACGAGCAUCCGCGGCCAAUCUACGCUUCGACCGGGCUUGCAUCCCAGAAUUAUCAGAGCAACCAUGGUGUCCACACGCAACUCCAUCGCUGUAGAUUCGGCGAAAACGACUCCAGUCAAGAAAGAGCGAACCAGACCUGCCAAGAUCACAAAGCAUGGCGAGCGGAGCACACCCGGCAAGGCUGCCGAUCUUGAUGCCAAGCUGAAGUCGAAGAGAGCGAAGCGGCGGUCUCGAGUGGCUGCACGUAUAAAGGACAAGGGUCUCACACGGAGGGCUGCCGCGGCUGCAAAGACGAAGAACAGGACGAUUGAAGAGGCAGAGGCCAAGGUCGAUGAGAGCUGA